UCAGUUGUCACUACGUGCAAUGUACGCGAUGUGUUUUUAAGUUUUGGCUUCCUAAUUGUUUUCGCAACAAUACUUUUUUAUUUUUAUUCAUUAAAUCUGCAGUGCCCAAAUAAUUCCGUAUUACAAGAUUUCAAUGAUCUUCGUUGUAGCAUUAUCUGCUUGACAUUUGUAAACUAGUGUUAUUCUCACAAUAAUAUUAAAAAGAACUUACUUGAAACCUGAAAAACUAAACACGAAAACCACGGCGUCGCAUAAGUCUGAAGAACUUAAUCUAUUAGAAAAGGACAAGUGGUACAAGAUGCCAGCAGCAAGCUUUGGCUCGAUAUCUCAGCUACCAGGGACUGGGGAUUGCGGAAUAAAAGAUGUUUGGAACCAUAACUUACAUGAAGAAUUUCAAAUAAUAAGACAAGUAGUCCAAAAAUAUCAUUGGGUAGCAAUGGACACAGAAUUUCCUGGAGUAGUAGCACGACCCAUUGGUGAAUUCAGAUCUACAGCAGAUUAUCAGUAUCAGCUAUUGAGGUGUAAUGUAGAUUUGCUAAGAAUAAUCCAGUUGGGUUUAACAUUCAUGGAUGAAAAUGGGAAAACACCACCUGGAUACACAACAUGGCAGUUUAAUUUUAAGUUCAAUUUACAAGAGGACAUGUAUGCACAAGAUUCCAUUGAUCUACUUCAAAACUCAGGCCUUCAGUUUAGAAAACAUGAAGAAGAUGGUAUAGAACCCCUUGAAUUUGCAGAAUUACUUAUGUCUUCAGGUCUUGUACUAAUGGACAACAUAAAAUGGCUGAGUUUUCAUUCCGGAUAUGACUUUGGAUACUUACUUAAACUUCUCACAGACCAAAACCUACCACAGGAUGAAAACGAUUUCUUUGAAAGUCUCAGGUUAUAUUUUCCAACAGUUUAUGAUGUUAAGUAUUUGAUGAAACUCUGUAAGAACCUGAAAGGUGGAUUACAGGAAGUAGCUGACCAGCUAGAACUACGCAGGGUAGGACCCCAGCACCAAGCAGGCUCUGAUUCUCACUUAACAGGCAUGGCCUUUUUCAAAAUUAAAGAGAUAUUUUUUGAUGACAACAUUGAGAGUUCCAGUGGUCACCUAUAUGGAUUAGGUGCUCCAUUCUCAGUAAAUUCGAACAACUUUCAGGACAAUGGAGAAAAUGGGAAUUCAUCCUGAUCUGGAGAUAUUAUCAAUGUGACAAAUCUAACACCAAAA